CCUCAUCCGAUCAUAAUCUACACGUAUUACAAACAUCAUCCUCAUGGUCAAACUUAUUCUCUUCGUUGUAGCUUCUUGUUUGGCUGGCGCAUACUCUGCUCCAAUGGCAUUAACAAAUGAUAAUAUCAUAUCCAAUGAAAAGCGCGAGGGUGAUCCUGGAAUUGCAUCCGUUGUCGAGAGCUUGUUUGGGGAUAUGGCCUCCGGUGGUUCAUUUCGUGCUGGAAGUAAUGGUGAUGGUGGCCCUAGAGGUUAUGCACUUGGAGCCAUUGGCCAGAGCUUAGUUGGGGAUAUGAGCCUCAGUGAUGCAUCUCCUGGUGGUAGUAAUGGUGAUGGUCGCCCUAAAGGUUAUGAACUUGGAGCCAUUACCCAGAGCUUGUUCGGCGGAAUGUCUGGAAGAGGAUGAUUUAUCAAAUGGAAACAAAAUCUAUGGUAGAAGUAUUAUUUGAUAUUGUCGGUGAUUAAUUGGCCAAGUCUUAUUUUACCCAUUAUAUCUUUUUUUUCUCUUUUUUUAUUAUACCCAUUUCCUUUCCUCUCUUAUCUUCCUAUCUGCUCUGAUAAUAAAAUAACAUGAUCCUUACUCAACAGUCUACAUUAAUUAUACACGUAAAAAUAAAAAUAAAAAAAAU